GGAUUUAUACUUGUGCACACCCAUCCUGUUUUCCCCAGUCUUCAUCUUUUCAUGAGUAUUGUUGAGGACACACAAAUUAUUAAGGACUCGGCUUCAGUAAAACUAAUUAUUCUGAAAUUAUAUUGGGCUAGUUCACCAAUGUUCAGAGACUAUGGCAUUUAUGUUGCUGAAUCUCUGUGCUCCUGCCCUCUUCCUGAGUCUUCUGAAAGCUGGGAGUAUCAGAGCCCAAUGCACACAGCCAGAGGCAGACUCAUCCAUUAGUCAAAGAUUCUCAGAUGGAUCCACUGUAACAUUUGAGUGCGUGACUGGACACAAGCCAGUUAACUCAGGAGCAUCUAAAUCAGUUACCUGUCAGGGAACCCAAUGGACAAAUCUGGAACUCAGUUGCACAAGAAAAUCCUGUGGAAGCCUUCCAGAUUUUCUUCAUGGGAGAUAUGAAAUGACUGGAAAUUUAUUUGGUGACACUGCUAAACCAGUUUGUAAUGAAGGAUACAUGCUAGAGGGUAAAGAAACAACAAGAACAUGCAGAGAUCAGGGAUGGGAUGGCCGAGAUCCUGUUUGUGAAUCGAAAUGCACACAGCCUUCUUUUGCAUCAAGAAAUGUAAUUUUAACCGCAGAGUAUCUCUCGACUCAAAGAUUCUCAGAUGGAUCCACUGUAACAUUUGAGUGCGUGAUUGGACACAGGCCAGUUAACUCAGGAGCAUCUAAAUCAGUUACCUGUCAGGGAACCCAAUGGACAAAUCUGGAACUCAGUUGCACAAGAAAACCCUGUGGAAGCCUUCAUGAUUUUCUUCAUGGGAGAUAUGAAAUGACUGGAAUUUUAUUUGGUGACACUGCUAAACCAGUUUGUGACAGAGGAUACAUGCUAGAGGGUAAAGAAACAACAAGAACAUGCAGAGAUGGUGGAUGGGAUGGGCGAGAUCCUGUUUGUGAAUCGGUGAAAUGUUCAGCACCUCCAGCUAUAGAAAAUGGAGCACUUGUAGAUGUGCCUUUGGAGAGUUAUGAUUAUUUAGUAGCAGUCACCUAUAGAUGCAACCCAGGACUUAAUCUUAUUGGGCAAUCAACACUUCAUUGUUCUGAGGAUGGAACCUUUAAACCAGAUCCACCGAAAUGUUUUGCGGAAUGCACACAGCCUUCUUUUGCAUCAAGAAAUGUAAUUUUAACAGCAGAGUAUCUCUCGACUCAAAGAUUCUCAGAUGGAUCCACUGUAACAUUUGAGUGCGUGAUUGGACACAGGCCAGUUAACUCAGGAGCAUCUAAAUCAGUUACCUGUCAGGGAACCCAAUGGACAAAUCUGGAACUCAGUUGCACAAGAAAAUCGUGUGGAAGCCUUCAGGAUAUUGUUAAUGGGAGAUAUGAAAUGACUGGAAAUUUAUUUGGUGACACUGCUAAACCAGUUUGUAAUAAAGGAUACUUGCUAGCGGGUAAAGAAACAACAAGAACAUGCAGAGAUGGUGGAUGGGAUGGCCGAGAUCCUGUUUGUGAAUCGGUGAAAUGUUCAGCACCUCAAGCUAUAGAAAAUGGAGAUCUUGUAGAUGUGCCUUUGGAGAGUUAUGAUUAUUUAGAAGCAGUCUCCUAUAAAUGCAACCCAGGACUUAAUCUUAUUGGUCAAUCAACACUUCAUUGUUCUGAGGAUGGAACCUUUAAACCAGAUCCGCCAACAUGUUUUGAUGGGUGUCCAACACCUAAAGUUCCUAAUGCAAAAAGAAUUGGUGGAAAAUCGCCCCCCUACAAAUUGAAUAACUUCAUAGAAUAUGAAUGUGAAAAAGGCUAUACAAUGCAAGGAGAAUUUUCUAUUACGUGUCGAGAAAAUGGAUGGGAUCCUGAACCACCAAGUUGCAAUGGUAAGACUGAAUUGAUUUAUUUUAUUAAUGCUUGACUGUAUGCUGUAAAGGAACAGUUUAGCCAAAGUGUAA